UUUUACACAACCAACUGGGGACACGAACAGAACACAAAGGAGAGACACAGGAGGACUUUCCACUCUUCCUCCCCACUCCAGAGAAUACCACUUUGUGAACCAGAAAAUGACCUGGACUGAAGCUCAGAGUUACUGCAGAGAACACUUCACUGACUUGGUCACCAUCUACAACAGCAACAUCAACCAAGUGCUUGUGACAAUGGCGCAAAAUAUUAAUGAUUGGGCUUGGAUAGGGCUCUAUGAUGAUCGUUACAGCUGGAAGUGGUCCAUGCAGGAAAAUAAUUUUUAUGUUGGCAGUACACAUGAAUUUUUGAUCUGGGCUAACGGGCAACCAGACUGUCUAAAUGCAAAGGAAUACUGUGUGGCUCUUCAGGGACAAACACAGAUGAAUGAUAGACCCUGUGGAGAUUCUUACCCUUUCCUGUGUUACAAUGCCAGCAGUACAAGUUACAUCUUAGUGAUGGAGAGUCGCUCCUGGUCAGCGGCUCAGUCGUACUGCAGGACAUACCACACAGACCUGACCAGUAUAAGAAGCAAAGAGGAGAAAUCCAACAUCACGCUCACUUUGAAUGGAUCAGUGGUUCAGUAUGUGUGGAUUGGCCUCUACAGGGAUCCCUGGGCCUUCUGGUCUGACAACACAACCUCCACAUUCACUAACUGGAUGUGA